AUGAUGUUAAAACGACAAGAACUGUUCAGUACCAUUAUUACUUUAAUUCAGAUAUUUAUAACAUCAACAUCCAAUGUUACGAAGCAAAUGGACUCAUCGAAUUGCAAAUUAACAAUAAUCGGAAGUGAUUAUGAGGGAUCAAUGUCAGUAACCUCAUCAGGUAUUCGAUGUCAAGCUUGGUCUGCAGAAAAUCCAGUACACGAGGUUGAUCGAUGGAUUAGCCAUCGACAUUUUCCUGAAGGAAAUAAGUUUGUUGCAAAAAAUUAUUGUCGCAACCCAAGUGAUGAUCCUAGAGGUCCUUGGUGUUAUACGAUUGAUCCAAACAUAAUCAAUGAAGAUUGCAGUAUCCCUUUGUGUGAUUUUGGUGAGUGUCGAAUAACUGGACCUGGUUCAGAAUACAGUGGUGAUACAAAAAUUAGUUCAACUAAAAAAGAAUGCAAAUAUUGGGAUCAAAAGCAUCAUCUGGAUCAUGAAAAAGAAGAUAAAAUAUUUCCUGAUAAAAACUUUCCUGAAAAUUCACGCAUGAUGGCUGAGAAUCAGUGUCGCAAUCCUGAUGGAGAUCCAGGUGGUCCCUGGUGCUAUGUUGACAGUGAAAAUAUUGAAACUGUUCAUAAAGAGUAUUGUGAUAUUCCUUUCUGCGAUGAUAGAGACUGCCUAGUUUACACUAGAGAAUUUGACGAUUACUCUAUUAUCACAAAAAUGAAUUAUACAGUUGGAAAUAUCACGGUUUGGUUGAAAUUUUGGAAUCCAGCUGAUCAACAAAAGACUGGAGCAAGGAUAUUAUUCAGCCACCUUCCAAUUCCCUCAUUAGGAAAAAAUAUUGCUGAUGAGUGGAAAGCAGGAACUGAAAUUUUUAUCUCGAAUAUCUACAGCGGAAUGGUUUAUCCUGAGUUUGAUGUAGAGACAAAUUUCGAAGUGACUCCACACAUACUGUCUGGAAAGAAAUGGUCUGGAUUCAUCGUGAGUUGGAGCUAUGGCUUAAUAUCUGUAUACGCAUUGGGGUCAACGAAGCCUCUAUUUAUUCAAGAAUAUGCUGUUAAAAAUUCAACCACAGACCUCUACCCAGAUGGGUUUUUGUAUUACGGCAUCACCGGUGGUGGAUUACUUUGGAACAUGGACUCUUGUCAAGAAGCUUGUGAAGUUCACACAACAUUCGGAGAAAAAUAUCAGAGAGUAUGGCCAAUAAGACAAAUCUAUUCUGAAUACACCAUUGAAGUAUUCGUACGUGUAUUUUCUGAGUUUUUAAUACAAUUGUACACCAGUCCUGCUGUUGAAUAUCCCUGCAUCACAAUUAAAAUUGCAUUUACUAAUAGAGUAUUAGUGAUUCAUGAAGAUAUUGAUCAUUCAAUAGUUUAUAUAUCCGAAACAUUCAAUAGAGACUUGCUUGAUUAUUGGGAGUGGAGAAACUUUAUAUUCAUCUUUUCACCAUCAACUCUACACAUUCUGAUAGAUCAUAAUUCUAUAAUACGCCAAGUAUUGUACCUAGAGCACCAUCUCCUUGCUUAUAAGUGGCGCUGGUUUAGCAUCAGCAGUAUAGGCAUUGCACACUGGACUUUGUACUGUGCUCCUGAAGCAGCAGAUGCAGUAGAAGAGCCUACACCACCCAACUGUCUGACUACUAAAGCUGAUGAAUAUUCAGGAUCACAAUGGUUUGCCAAAACUUUAAGUCCUUGUAUUCCGUGGACCUCAAAAUACAUUCCAGAAAAUGAAAGACAAGAUAUCUUGUUUCCUGAAAAAUCAGUGCUGAAUGCGACUAAUAAAUGCAGAAAUCCUACCAAUAAUCCUAAUGGUCCUUAUUGCUACAUAACAUUCUUCCCAGCUGCAACUGACAAGUUCUAUAGACAAGAUUGCACAAUUAGAAAAUGUCGAUCUGCUGAUUGCCGAAUGGCAGGGACUGCUAAUGAUUACACUGGAACACUAGCCGUAACACAUUCUGGACGUGAGUGUGCUCCAUGGCUAAGUGAUUAUGAUUCUGAACAAUUAGAGAAACAAAAGAAAAGCAGAGAACUACAUUCAGAAUUAUCAAAGGCUGAUAAAAAAUCAGCAAUUAAAAUUAAUGAGAUAAGAAGAAAUUUGGAAAAAAAGGAUACAAUAAAGCCCAUUCAUCCUGUUAAUCCUGAAUAUUUUAAUGACACUCUUUAUCCGGAACGAAAUGCAAAAGAUGCUAGUAAUUAUUGCCGUGAUCCGUCGCAGUCUGCUGCUGGAACGUGGUGUUACACUACUGAUCCUUUAGUACCACAGGAUUUAUGUGAUGUUAAGGAUUGUGAUAUGGCAGCGAUUAUUUUGACUGCUGAUGAUGGAUUGAACUCUGCUUAUAAGCUCGUCAUUGGAGCUAAUAAAAAUAAUGAGACUAUACUUUACUACAGAUCAGAAGUUGGAGAUUUUGAAGUGGUGAAUCGAAAAACAAUGCCUCAUAUUCUAUUCAUUGGAAAGUGGAGUAACUUCCUGAUUAAAAUUCCUCGUGGAAAAGUCCAGGUUUAUCAUGAAGGAGCUACCAGUCCAUUCUUUGAUUGGACACAUCCAGAGCCUGUUAAAUCUUUCCUGCCAAUUUAUUAUUAUUUCUGUACUGAGCAAAAUAUUAUGGCAGUUACCUUUGAUUGUGUCCUAAGUACAUUAUUUAGAUAA